AUGUCCCAUCUGAUGCAGACAACAUCGAAGGGUGCGCUGCAGCUUAAAGAGAUUUCAAUAAUUCCUAUCACAACGGGCGCUGUCGCUCAACCUCAAGGGAAGCCUUCGAGCUCCAGCCAAUUAAUGGCUGAUGAAAACUCUGCCGAUUCAUUAAGGAAAAAACGUUGCACAGAUCGAUACGAUUCGUCCGAAUCAUCUGACAGGUAUGUACCAACUCCUUUUAAUUUACUAGCGUCUUAUCGAUUUUACUAG